AUGGCUGCCGCAGACCCAGCUGUAGAGCCAGAAGACAUCUCCGACGAUGCCCCAUCCUACUACUUUGAUGUAGCAUCCCUGCUUGAUACUCUCAUUUUCACCCCUUCCUACACGGACCUCAUCCCCAACCUUCCCUCCCUACAUCCCUACACUAACCUCACACCUCCUGCCAAAGUCCUUUACAUCAGACUAUACCUCCGCAAACGGACUUGGUUAAAGUCUGAAACCUUAAAGUACAAGGAAGUCCCUAAUGUUCAGACUUCUCUUGGAGAGUUGACCGGGGCUGGUUUACUGCUCAGAAUUGGUGAUGAUACGGAUAACAUGACGGUGUCUGAUCUGCUUGAAACCUUCUCCGCUACAAAACUUAAAGAACUGUGCAAGAGCCUGAACCUUCAAACAAAGGGAACUCUUAACUCGAUGAAGGAGUCUGUUUUAAAAAUGUGUAAAACACAGAGGUCGCUAUUUGGGGGUAGCACGUCUCAGCGAGUCAAGAAGAAAUGUUGUGAGUUAAUGGAUGACAUGGUAAAGGUUGCUGAAACCCCUGCCACGAUACUUGACAAGGUCCUAAUCGCCUCAUUUCCUCAACAUUUGCUAUUCAGCGAGAAGGAUGAUGAAGUUGGCCUAACUGGUCAGAAAACUCUAUCUACGAUCAUGCUUCCACAGUUCAAAGUCACGAGGAAUUUUCCUUCCUAUAAAGUAUCUCACACAAAGCCCCUAUUUUCAAGCAGCCAUCAACUUGAGACGUUCUUAACAGCUUGCCAGCUAGAAGCACAGUGUAACGUGUACACAGAUAAACACGAUUGGAGUGCAAUCGAAAAGAUGUACACGGAAACCUUACCUCGAUUUAAGGUGAAAGUAAAUCUAUGGAAAGGGACAACGGAAUUACCGAAAGAUUCUCACCUUAUCCGGUUUAGUGAGGAAUAUGUUUUAGCGCGGAUCAUGCGGAAAUGUUUAGCUGCGCUUCAGAGACUGAAGAAAUACGAAGAAGCUGUCAAGCUGCUCCAACUUUUGCUUAGCUACACACCUAUGAGUCACAAACGGGGAAGCUGGUGGGAAAACCAGGCGUUGAUUCUCCAUUUUCACCUGAAGAAAAAAGAUGCUGCACUCAAAGUUGCGUCUAAAGGUCUUGCUGACCCUAAUACAGGUCCUGAGAGCAGGAUUGCUCUGGAGAUAAGAAUGCGUAAACUUGAUAAGAAUUACACUCCAAAGUUUACCUUCGAGCCCAAGGAAGUGACAAUUGAUAUUGUGGCUUUCAAAGGUUCUGGCAGUGCGGCUAACUCUAAGAAGAUCUGGUUGGGAGAUGAUAACGGAGAAACGGUAUUGUGUGGUGUGGAGGAUGUAACUCUCAAUUACUACAUCAACAACUUCAACUUCAAGGAGGGCUUUCAUUGUGAGGGAGGAAUUUUGAGCACCCUGUUUGCUAUUUUCUGUUGGGACUUAUUGUUCUGUGAUGUUGAAAAUGUGUUCUACAACGAAUAUCAGUAUUGUCCUCUCGAUUUGUGGUCUAAAGAAUUUUACCAAAACCGCAAGGACCAAAUUGUUGCUCAUUUCGAUUUUCUUCGAGAACUUUCUGAAGAGGGUAUUUCUGAUAUUGUAGCACAGACCUGGGAUCUUCAUUAUGGUACAGGAUGUGACGGGUUAAAUUGGGAGCUAUUUGCUGAUGUGAAGCAAUGUCAGAGAUGUGUCACAUGCAUAACGCCACCGAAACUUGUAAAACUUCUAGAAGAAUACGUCCCUGAUAUUCGGGGGAAGAGAAGUGGGAUCCCUGAUCUAUCUAUGUGGAAUCAUGAGACUCGUGAGUUUGCUAUGGUCGAAGUUAAGGGACCGGGAGAUUCUCUGAGUAAUAAGCAGAAAGUUUGGUUGAGUCGGUUAGAUGAGUUUGGAAUAAGGGCAGAGUUGUGCCUAGUAAAGGCUGCAAAACAACUGGGGUAGAUUGUAGUCUUUCGACUUCCUUAAUAUUAACUAAUUUGACCAUAAUUUGGAUUUCAUUUCGACUUUUAAUAUAUGUAACAUAAAUUUAUUUUUGGAUUAAUCUAAUUAAAAUUUACCUUCUAUUCUAAAAGAAG